GUCUGCAGAUCUGUGACAAGGAAAAGCCGUGAGAAAAUAUUCAUAAUUUUGCAAGCAGACGAUGUAAUGGGAGGGGAGCGGACUGCAGAGAAAUGACUGGCUCUUUAACAGAUUAAAACAUCAGAGAAAUCCCAUUUAAGCUGAUAUCCAUUUGCGUGAACUUGUCGGGAUGGGAGCCACGCUGAUCGUACACACUUUAGGUUUAGUCUUUUGCGGCACCUUGCUGAGUUUCGUCUAUGGUCUGGUUGAUGCUGAUGAUGUCCUCACUAAAGAAGAACAAAUCUAUCUUCUGUUCAACGCAAAACGAAAAUGUGAGCGAGCCAUCAAGUCCAAAUAUAAAAUUACUGAGGGUUACUGCAUGCCGGAGUGGGAUGGCAUCGUUUGCUGGCCCGAGGGUCUUCCUGGAAGGAUGGUGUCCACUGCCUGCCCGGAGUACAUAUAUGACUUCAACCACAAAGGACAUGCUUACCGGCGCUGUGACAUCAAUGGGACCUGGGAGCUGGCGUCAAAUAACAACAAAACCUGGGCUAAUUACAGCGAGUGUGCCAAAUUCCUCCCCCAUUAUAAUCCGGACCAAGAGAGGGAGGUUUUUGACAGACUUUACCUGAUCUACACGGUGGGCUACUCCAUCUCUCUGGGAUCACUUAUGGUGGCGACAUUCAUCCUAGGAUACUUUCGGCGGCUACACUGCACCAGAAACUACAUCCACAUGCACCUGUUUGUAUCGUUCAUGUUGAGGGCCAUUAGUAUAUUUGUGAAAGACGUGGUGUUGUACUCGGGUGCCGCGCUGCAGGAAAUGGAGCGUAUCACUGUGGAGGAUCUCAAAUCCAUCACAGAAGCCCCUCCUGCCAACAAAACCAAGUUUAUUGGAUGCAAGGUGGCUGUCACUCUCUUCUUGUACUUCUUGGCGACUAAUUAUUACUGGAUUCUGGUGGAAGGCCUGUACCUGCACAGCCUUAUCUUCAUGACCUUCUUCUCAGACAGGAAGUACCUUUGGGGCUUUACUCUGAUUGGCUGGGGUGUUCCUGCAAUGUUUGUAACCAUCUGGGCCAGCGUGAGAGCCACUCUUGCUGACACUGAGUGCUGGGAUUUAAGCGCAGGAAACCUGAAAUGGAUUGUGCAGAUCCCUAUUUUGACAGCAAUUGUUGUUAAUUUUUUGUUGUUCCUGAAUAUAAUCCGAGUCUUGGCAACAAAACUUAGAGAAACAAAUGCAGGAAGAUGUGACACCAGACAACAGUAUAGGUAA